CCUACUUUGAGUAUAAGGAAGUGUUGAACGUGAAGCAGACAGUGAAGAAAUCCGACAGAAUAAGAGAUCAAGAUCUCACAAUGGAGGGAACUUCCAAAAGUGAUGCUGCAGGCCCGCCCUCUGUUGCUGCUGAGGUUCCUUUCCUUCACCUGUGUACCACUUUAGAGAAAAUCCAGAAGUCUAAACUCCGUCCAGACAAAUCCAAGAUCCUUGGGGAUUUUAUUGGGUCAUGGAGGAAGUUUCAUUCUGCCCUCCACAAAGACAACCCCACAACAACAGACUCUUUCUACCCAGCUAUGCGCCUCAUAGUCCCCCCGUUCGAACGAGAGCGUAUGGCGUAUGGCAUCAAAGAAAGCAUGUUGGCUAAACUCUACAUUGAUGUAUUAGGCCUGCCAAAGAAUGGCCCAGAAGCCAAUAAACUGCUGAACUACCGUGCUCCAACUACAUCCCAAGGAGAAGCUGGAGACUUUGCUGGCAUGGCGUACUUUGUGCUGAAGAAACGGUGCACCAGUCAGGGAAACCUCAGCGUCAAAGAAGUCAAUGACUUUCUGGACUCUGUGGCCAUCAACAACGCGAGCAAGCAGAAGGAUCUUGUGAAAAAGAGUCUGCUGCACCUCAUCACCCAGAGCUCGGCUCUUGAGCAAAAAUGGCUCAUCAGAAUGAUCCUGAAGGAUAUGAAGCUUGGGAUCAGCAAAGAAACUGUUCUCCAAGUCUUCCACCCAGAUGCUGCUGACCUCUACAAUGUCACCACAGACUUAAACAAGUUGUGCCAGCAGCUCCACAACCCCUCCGUGUCUUUAAGUGAAGUCUCUAUCGGACUCUUCUCCGCUUUCAAGCCUAUGUUGGCAGCUGUGGCGAACAUUCGCAAUGUGGAGAAACAGAUGGGGAACAGCCCUUUUUACAUUCAGACCAAGCUGGAUGGGGAGCGUAUACAACUGCACAAAGACGGCGACGUGUACAAGUACUUCAGCCGAAACGCCUUUGAAUACACCCAGCAGUUUGGAGGUUCCCCACUGGAGGGCUCACUGACACCUUACAUCCACAAUAUUUUUAAAAGCCACGUUGUAAACUGCAUCCUCGACGGUGAGAUGAUGGCAUACAACCCGACCACUGAGGCCUUCAUGCAGAAAGGGAGCAAAUUCGACAUCAAGAGACUCAUGGAGGACUCUGAGCUACAGACGUGCUUCUGCGUGUUUGAUGUGUUGUUAGUCAAUGACCAGAAGCUUGGCAAAGAAACUCUGAAGAAGCGCUAUGAGACCCUUCAGACAGUUUUCACCCCCGUCAAGGGAAGGAUACACCUGGUGCCAAAGACCGAUGCCAGAACCAUGCAGGAGGUGGUGAAUGCCCUCAAUGAUGCCAUUGACGACAGAGAAGAGGGGAUCAUGGUGAAGGAUCCUUUGUCCAUCUACAAACCUGACAAGCGGGGGGAAGGAUGGCUGAAGAUAAAGCCAGAGUAUGUGGAUGGCUUGAUGGAUGAGCUUGACCUGCUAAUUGUUGGUGGCUACUGGGGGAAAGGGAGACGGGGUGGUAUGAUGUCCCAUUUCUUAUGUGCCGUUGCCGAAGCUCCAAAGCUUGGCGAGAAACCCUCAGUUUUCCACACUCUCUGCCGCAUCGGCUCUGGCUACACCAUGAAGGAGUUGUAUGACCUUGGUUUAAAGCUAGCCAAGCACUGGAAAGUCUAUCGGAAAAAUGACCCACCAGCAUCCAUCUUAUGCUGAACAGAGAAACCGGAAGUUUACAUCGAACCCUGCAACUCGGUCAUCAUUCAGGUCAAGGCGGCUGAGAUAGUGGGAAGCGACAUGUAUAAAACCAACUGCACCCUGCGCUUCCCCAGGAUUGAGAAGAUCCGUGACGACAAGGAGUGGCACCAGUGCAUGACUCUGGCAGAGCUGGAUCAGUUCCGCAGCAAGGCAUCUGGGAAACUGGCUUCGCGGCACCUUCGCAUCGAUGACAGCGAACCACAAAAGAAGAAGCGCAAGCUGCCAGCCAAACCCAAGAAGGUGGUCGGGAUCAUUGACCACUUUAAGCCCCAGGACCUCUCUGGGGUAAGAAAAGAGACGGAUAUGUUUGAGGACGUGGAGUUCUGUAUCCUGAAUGGCACAGAGGAUCACUCCAAAGCUGAGCUGGAAAAGGGUGUAGCCAGGUGUGGAGGUAUCGUGGUUCAAAACCCGGGACGGGACACCUACUGCGUGAUUGCCGGUGUGGAGAACAUGCGUGUGAAGAACCUGAUUUCGUCCGACCAGCAUGACUUGGUGUGGGCCGCCUGGUUGCUGGAGUGCAUGGAGCAGAAGCAAGUGGUCCCGUGGCAACCGCGUCACAUGAUCCACAUGUCGCCUUCCACCAGGGAGCACUUUGCCAGGGAGUAUGACAGUUAUGGCGACAGCUACUUUGUGGAGACUGAUGAGCAGCAGCUGCGGGAGGUGUUUGGCCGGAUCAGCAGCGCGGAAGUGUCCGUGAACGUCAGCCAGGUGGAGCAGCGUUACGCCUGGGAGGACCUUCCCACCAGCAUGUUCAGACCCUUCAAGGUUUACAUGGACUGCUACGCCAACAUAGGAGACCCUACAACCGCCAUGCCAGCCACCUGUUUGGACAUCAGGGCGCUGGAGUUUCGCUACCAUGGAGGGAUGGUGAUGCAGAAGUUAGAGGAGGGAGUCUCUCAUGUCAUUAUUGCAGAGGAAACAAGACUUCUGGAUUUACGGACUCUGAGGCGCUGCUUUAGGAAGAAGUUUAAGAUUGUAAGAGACUCAUGGGUGACUGAUUCAAUCACAGCAGGGUAUCUGAUGAAUGACACUGACUACUUAGUUUGACGUCUUCUGGUGGAAACACAGGGUUUGGUGAAUAAUGCUCUUAUAGCUACCUUUUUAAUUAAAUCCUAAUAAGAUUAGCAAUAAAGUAUUUAAUAAAAGUCGGAAGAGAAAAAUUCAGCACUGGCAAAAUCAUCGUUAAGGGUGAGAUAAGAGAUGUGUUUUAAAACUACACCAUAUUACAGGAAUGUUACUUCUCAGAGUUUUAUUUUUUGUGUUCUUAAUGAGUGAUUAAGGCUCCUUGUUGUUUUAUUAUUAGUUUUAAAUAUAUGGGCCACCAUGACAGUCAGGAAGGCCAUGAUUGGUUUUCAAUUUUGAAAGUUAGAAUAAAUUCUAAACCAGAAGCUGAUUGAUCUUUUUUUUAGAUACACCUUCCUUGAACUUUUAGCCGAGCUGUUAUUAACUGAUUUUUAUGGAAAGGAAAAGAAGUGUUCCACUUUACCAAAACUGAGGGAAUUUAUUCUAAAAACUUGGUCUCAUUUUCUGGGAAUAUGAGGCUUAGUAGUACUGUUUGUGACAUGUAAAAUUGGAGUCGCGCAAAAAAAGGGAGUUGUGCUGAGUCCUGAACAGACAGCUCUCUUUUUGUGAUCUGUGCCUUUGUGCUUUUAUGUCUGUGUAAUUGUAUAUUAAAUAGCACUGUAAUAAAUAUCUUCACUCGG